GGUGGCGGCUGGAAGAUGGAGGCGGCGGCGCUGGGCGCGGGGCUGGGGCUGCUCCUCGCGCUGCUGCUGCUGGCGGCCGCCCUGCGCCGCGCCGCCCCGCGGGGAUCGCCCGCCGCCCCGCCGCGGGAUGAGGGCGCCGGGGCGAACGGCCCCUCCGCCGCCAAGCCCGAGGGCCCCCGGAGGACGAAGCCGCCGGCUCGGGCGCGCAAGGAGAAGCCUCGGCAGCACAGCUUCUCGCACCGCCUGCUGGCCGCCGCCCUCAAGGGCCACAGCGGUUCCGUGAGCUGCCUGCACUUCAGCGGCGGCGGCAAGUACCUGGCGUCCUGCGCCGACGAUCGCACCGUGCGGCUCUGGAGCACCCGCGACUUCACGGCGCGCGAGCACCGCUGCCUGCGGGCCAACGUGGAGCUGGACCACGCCGAGCUCGUCCGCUUCAGCCCCGACUGCAGGGCGUUCAUUGUCUGGCUGGCAAAUGGAGAGACAAUUCGUGUCUAUAAAAUGACGAAGAAGGACGACGGGAACUUCACCUUCACUGCAUCUUCUGAAGACUUCCCAAAGAAACACAAAGCUCCUGUCAUUAACAUAGGAGUUGCAGAAACAGGAAAGUUUAUCAUGACAGCUUCCAGUGACACUACCAUUCUGAUCUGGAACCCGAAGGGUGAAGUUCUUGCCAGCGUUAACACUAACCAGAUGAACAAUGCCUAUGCUGCUGUGUCACCCUGUGGGAGGUUUGUGGCAUCAUGUGGCUUUACUCCUGAUGUAAAGGUUUGGGAAGUGUGUUUUGGCAAGAGCGGAGACUUCCGGGAAGUGACCAGGGCUUUUGAGCUGAAAGGCCACACUGCUGGUGUAUAUUCCUUCUCCUUCUCUAAUGACUCGAGGCGGAUGGCAACCGUUUCCAAGGACGGGACGUGGAAAUUCUGGGACACGGACGUGGAAUACAAGAAGCAGCAGGACCCGUACCUGCUGCUGACGGGGCGGUGCGAGGUGUCUGAGCCGUGCCGCAUCGCGCUGUCCCCCGACGCUCACAUUGCGGCCAUCUCGUGCGGCACGAAUAUCGCCGUGUACAACACGCGCCGAGGGGAGGAGGAGGAGCGCUUUGUCGGCGUUCACGGACAGCACGUCGCAGACUUGGCUUUUGACACCACCGGCCGCUUCUUGGUGUCCUGCGGCGACCGGGCCAUCCGUGUGUUCCACAACACCCCCGGCUACCGCGCCGUGGUGGAGGAGAUGGAGGCCAUGCUGAGAAAAACCACCACCAAAGCCACCCGGGAGCGGCUGGAGCAGCAGAUCGCCAGUGCCAGGAAAGCGCUGGCUGCCAUCUGCGGCAGGAAGCAAUAGCAGCCGCGUGCUGUAAAACAACGGACAGAUUGCAAUAAAAGAGCGCUCCACGGC